AGAAUAGAGCCGGCCGAUAACCUACAUUCUGCCCUCCGUUCCCGGUAACAUUACGUCAUUUGUCGUCUAUGUUUUGUAAUUACCGGGUGAUAACAGGGGGCAAGGCCUUUCGACAUAUUGCGCUAUAAGAGUUUGGAUGGUUCUAUUAGUGCGGAUAGUUGGUUGUUGUUGUUGUUGGACUGUCUGCAGCAGCAUGGAUCAUCACUCCGCCGCUUUGCCGUCGUUGCUGCUGCUCGCCUGUUUGGCAGGGUUUUCUACCAGUGAAACAGGAGCUGGUGGAUCCGUAGGGGAAACCUCAUACGGGCCGUCCUCAGUGGAGAUCGACGGGGUCAACGUGGUUACGGUGGGAAUCCCGUAUUAUUUUGAGUGCACAGCCAGCUGCUUCCCGGGCUGCAAGUACAGCUGGACCCGGGGUAAUGUGACCACUCAGGGGCCCGUGCUGAGCCUGCAGCUCCUGCACACGAUGCCCACGGAGACCCUGACCUGCACGGUGGUCAACACAGCAACGGGGGGGUCAGCGUCGGUCCAAAAGACGCUGCAAGUGACGGCUGGCCCGUCGAACAUACAGAUCAGCGGUCCCACCUAUCUCACUGACGGAGUUGCCUCCACCUUUAGCUGCUCGGCCAGCUGUUACCCGUCCUGCAGCUACACGUGGACUGUUUCCUGGGAAGGGCAGCAGCUCAGUAGUCACGAAGGCGAGAGCAUUUCUUUCGCUCCAUAUCAGAGCACCGUCAUCGCUGAAACUCUGAUGUGUGUGGCUCAAGACACCGUCUCACAUCUGUUCAUCUCUACGACUCUGACGCGGCCGGUGGCAAGUAAGUGAAAAGAACCAAAGGGA